UAAUUCCUUCGCUUUCGCAGCCGGCCGCUUACGAACGAACUAGCCGACGAACAUUCAUUGAAAGAUGGCUAACAUUUUAAAUGUCAAAAUAUUUUUGUGGCUGUCAUUUAGUGUAAUUUUCUUAGCAAAUGGUUUAAAUGGUGAUAGAAUCACCGAAAAAAUUUAUCAACGAAUUGACGAGGGUUUUAGCUGUUUUCGAAGGCUGAAUGGAACUCAUCAAAUUGGUUGUUCAUCAACUCAGUCCGGAAAUGUAGGGGUUGUUCACUAUUUGGAAAAGAAAGCUGACUUUGACUGGCUUCUCGAAACUGGCCCUGAUGCUCCAUAUGUGGUUUUGUUACCUCCAGACUUAUUUAGGAGGGAACACUUGAUGACUUUGAAAAAUUCUGGCAAAAUUGCUGGAGUAGUGGUUUUGAACCAAACUGACACUACUUUACGCAAUCCAGCUCCUAAACCACCUUAUUCAAAUGACCUUACAUGUCCCAACAAGAUUACUGGGCUGUAUAAAGAAGAUGCAUUUUCUUCCUACUGUGAUUCUAACCCAUGGAACCCUGCUGGAGAUGGACUUUUAUUUGAAGAUUUCAAAUUUCCCAUCUAUUUCAUCAAUGAAACAAAGCUAAAUCAAUCAGUCCUUCUUGAUGAUUGCUAUCACAAGUUCAACCGACCGAUUGAAGGUACGCCCCCCAGCUACCCUUUGUGUGCUAUUGAACUGAAAGCUUUCAUGUGGGCCGCUGUUGAUACACCUACGUGUCUUCGGCGUGGACGUCUCAACAUGAUGUUUAAUCCACAGCCUUCCGAAUACUGUGACCCUUUGGGAAAUGUCAACAUAUUCGUCCCUGUUUUGGCCGCUAACAAAAGCGAUGGGCCCGUUGCCAACCGCUCGAUCAUCUUCGUUUCUGCUCGAAUGGACAGUGCUUCAAUAUUCGACGGCCUCUCAGUUGGAGCCGAUUCGGCCAUUACAGGGAUGGCGACGCUUGUAGCCAUAACAGAUAUGAUUUAUCAAUUCAAAUCUAAUAUCCGCGAUGGGGAUAUUCAAAACGUCUUUCUAGUAUUUUUUAAUGGUGAAGCUUUCGACUACAUUGGAUCUGGUCGCAUGGCCUACGACAUGAGUUUAGGAAAGUUUCCGAAACCGUUGAAAGAAGAAAAUCCUUCGCAAAGUCCCCUUAUUGGCCUAGAACAUGUCAAAUACUGGAUUGAGCUCGGUUCUCUAGCUCCUCAAGCAGGCACCAAGGUUUACCUACACACGGAUCCUAAAUCAAGAAAUGAUACCGAAGUCGACAGCAAAGUGAAAGAUUUAAUCAACAUUCUUCUAAAGAACCGGGGUAACCUUACAACCGAGUCUGUUGAUGCGUCAAUCCCACUGCCACCAGCCUCACUGCAGAGUAUUCUCAAAAAAGAUUUGAGCAUCCCUGGAGUCUUCAUCUCCAACCACAAGAGCGCAUUUACAAACCAAUUUUAUAACAAUGAAUGGGAUACAUUCCAGACAAUAAGUUCUUACAAGCUGUCGAAACACUUGACUGAGGUUGCCCGUACUGUAUCAGCGUCCAUCUACGAGCUGGCCACAGGAAAACAAAUGCCGUCGAACUUUCAAGUUAACGAAACUCUGGUGGAAAGUACUCUUGAAUGCUAUCUUGUGAAUGCCAAUUGCAGCCUCUUCAACUGGCUCUUGAAUGGCAGGAGCAAUUUGGCCGCAGAGGGCGUUUUGCCGACAUAUGUGGGAGUGUCACAUGGAGACGGGGCCUACAAGGCUCUUUCAUUGCGUACCCGACACCUUUUGGCGAUGAUAAGCGGAGAGACACUUGAUAUUAACAAGACAGGGUGCAUUAAUAGUGACCACAACGAAAUUUACCACUAUUACUGGUUAGGCGAAUCAGAAUCGAACAAUGCUAGUGGAACUUGUUACCGCAGCACUGUUAAAACGUCACAUGCCGUCAGUCCAGCCUUUGAAAUCGAGAAUUACGACUGGGCGUCGGGAGAAUACUCUUCAUGGACAGAAUCGAGAUGGGAAACCUUUUCUGUUCGAAUAUUUCUAAAGGCCUCCUCACUCCAGGCGGUGUCCAUAUUCGUUUUUGGCGUGGUGGUCCUUUUGCUUUCUUUUGCCGUAACUUAUUGGGUGGAAACGAACUCAGUCCUUCUUUUCCCCGCGAGAUCAGAUUCCGGUUUAAAUGGCAAUCGGAAUGAUUCAACAGCUGAAAAUGACUCGCCCAGUCAAUUGGGUCCAGGUGCCACUUUCACGGUGUUUAUUCUAAUGGAGGAUUUGAUCGACAAGAUGAAGCUCCUCCAGUACGAGACCGAGUUCGCCAAGGAGUUUAACAUUAAACCACUUUCAAGGCAUUACUUUGCUAUCGCUACCAACCCUGGGGAGCAAUUUUACAUGUUCGUCAUCACAGCUGCAUGGCUGAUUAGAAAAGGCAAGAAAAAGUUUGACACUCCGCAGGAAUCUGACGAUCCGAAUGCGACAAUAUCGAACAUCCUAGAUAACGUUCGCCGUCUGGGUGUUGCCAUCGAAUUUCCACCAAAUCGGCUCAAGCAAGGCUACGGCGAGCACGUAGUGUUCAUUCUGGACCGAUUGGCGGAUUAUGCCUUGAAAGUCAACAACUUUUUAUGGGAUCAGCCACAGGAGCAGAACGAAGAGGAAGUUGUCGAGGAGGAAAACGGAAGCGGAGAUGAACUUGAUUUGGACCAGGUAGAAGAGGAAAUGGCUGCUCAAUAUGGCAGUGACGACGACGAGUACGAUAAGAAUUUCUUCAACAUCAACAUUCAAUCUAUCACGCCUCACGUGAGUCAAAUGAGAGCAGAGGUUUUGGAAUCGGACGGAGAUGCCGAAGCAUGGAAAAUCGAAGUGGAACGAGUCAUUCCUAGACUUAAGCUUGCCAUGAAGCCUGACCCCCGGGACUGGCGGUCACGGUUAGAUUUGCUGUAUAAAUACAGCGCCAGUGUUUCAAACACGAUGAGCUCGUCUCGAAUGAUGCUGCAAAAGAUCAGUACAGAUAUCGAAAAGAACAUGGAACGUGUGGAAACAAGAGAGAAAUAUUUAAAUUCUCAGCUGAAUGGCUUGCUCAAUCAAUACAGCAAGACCCAGGAACAGCUGAAACAAGUAGAAGAAAAAUACAGCAAAUUCAGCGUCGGGAUAGAGGAGCGGAACCAAAAACUGAACCAACUAAACGACGAAAUUCAACACAUCAAGAACGAGCUCGAUGAACGCAGUCUCAACAUGACGGACGGAACUCCGCUGGUUAACUUGAAGAAAGUCUUGAUACGAAUCAAAGGGGAACUGACUUUGAUGGACGUACGAAUCGGUGUAGCAAGUCAUAUAUUACUGCAAGCCCGGAUGAAACAAUCAACAGCUCUCCAACAUCUACUGCUAGCAAAUUCAACGACAGCCAUCACUCGAUAGAUCAAGUAAUAUAAUUGGAAUGAAAUAGGUUGGUUCUGUUUUAGUAAUUGAUUUGCAUCACUAAGUUCUUCAGAUGGGGAAUGAUUUGGGAGAAACAUUAGUGCUGGUCGCAUAGAGCGCGAGCCAUUAAGGCGACUUUCUGGGCCCGUUGAAUUGCGUCACCACUCUUGGCUCGACGCAUAAAUCUACAAUCUUGAAAGUAGCCUUCGUGGCGUGGGAAACCAUUGCUCUCGUCCGAAAACGUCACCAAACCUUUUAAAAUUCAAAUGUAUCUUCAGUAGUUUUAAAACUAUUAUUGUUUUACUUACCCUGUCCCCAAAUUCUUCCACCACGGAAUUCACCUUCAUAUCUCAUACCGUCAGAUCUCCAAAAUGCCCCCGGUCCGUGGAACCAGCCUUCAGAAAAAGUACCCUCGUACCUACGACAUACCCCGACGAAUUAAGAUUUGCAUUCGAGUUUGUUUAGAAAGCGACAUACCUUGCUCCGUCAGAGAAAACUAGUACGCCUAAACCAGAGCACAAUCCUAAUUUGAAUUGCCCGGAAUAUACUGAGCCGUCCGGAGUAGUAAGUUGUCCUACACCGUGCCUCUGUCCGUUCGAGUCCCACUCGCCGAUGUAUUCGCUGCCGUCGCUGUAUUUGAAAGACCCAUAAAUCGCAUCCUUGUUUCCUUCGUCCACUGGUAAACGUUGGGCUCCAUUAGAUUCAAUUUUACGCAAAAUAUUAAAUGAAACUUACUCGAUGCCAUCCUUACAGCUAUCCUUGCAGUCGCGACGUUGACAGAGUACUGAACAGUUAACAGGAUUAUUUCUGUGUAUAUAAGAGACAUAAAUCUAAUUAGCAGGGUUUACACGGGGAGAUGGACAAGCAUAGACAAAUAAUCGAUAAUACAAAACAUCAUAAAAAUAAGUUCAAGCCAAAUAAAUCAAGAACGUAAAGAAACGAGUGUAUUUAAUUUUUGUCAACGAGUUGACCAUAUACCCUUACACAACAAAAGUAAGAAUUAAAUGUCAUAACUUCCUAGAAGUAAUCGUGUUUCGUGUACAAGAUUUAUUGAUACAUUUGGUCUUUAGGAGCUCCAACUAAACCAUCUAAGGUGUUUUAAUAUUGCAUGUAAGGCUAAUGGCGUUCCGAGUGUGCAACACAAUACAACUGAUGAAAGAGAAAAA